AAUAAGUGAGCGAAACUCAAAUAGUCAGCAGGGUCCAACGUAAGUAAACGGAUAACAGAUAUUAACUUACUACUAAGAAAAUAGUACGACGCACUAGUUCGUAGAACCGGCGCUGUAGUACAUAGCACGUUAGCUUAGCUGAGAAGGCUACCCAUGAGUGCGAACCGGGUGAAACCAACAGCAAAGAGCUGCCAUAAAGGUGCAGUUCGGCGUUAUAAGAAGCACAGAGGCACGGAAGAAAACGGAGUUUUGGCCGAAAGGAGUAUGACAGUUGUGGCGGUGGGGGCAUGGGUUGAAAGCGGCCAAGACUUCGCGGAGCAUCCAUCUGCCCUGGCUUUACUAACAGAGGAAUUGCUGGCAGAAAAGAGGAGGGAGAAUGAACAGAGCUUACAGCAGUUUCAAGACAAAGUACGCCUCCGUCUGGCACAGCACGGUCAGUUCAACAAGAAGAGACAGCAGCUUCUCCAAACGGAGUCAGUGUGUGCUGCAGACAUGAGGCAGGUCAAACAGCGUCUGGCUGCCUGCCGGAUGAGCUCACAUGAGGAACUGACAUCAGAACUUCCUGAAAGUGGGUGGAACAACUCUCCAAACAGACAUAAGAUUGCGAAGUAUCACAUGCCAAGGCCAGAGGAGGAAGUGGAAGAGGAGGAUGUGCAGGAGGAUGAGGAUGAUGACCUCCUCUGCAGGAGGCAACACAAGUGUCCCCUUGUUCAGCAGAAGGUGAAUGGAUGUGUAUCAAAGGACAUUUACCAGUCACAGUCUGACCAUUGGGACCCCAAAGCCCAACAGGUCUUGUGGCCUCCAAACGAACAUGAGGAGUUAAAAAGACAGAGGCAAGCUCAGUUCCUGAUGCAUCGGCGUCUGUUCAUGAACAUUGAGAGAGAGCAAGUGAAGGAGAAUGAAGAGCACAGGAAACACCUGAGGAGGACAGCGAGAAUCAAAGCAGAGAAAGAACAGAUUCGUCUAGUGGAAGAGAGAAAGCUGGAGAGAGUGCAGCAACUAGCAGAAGCCUGGAUGAAGCUGGAAGAGAGGGAGCAUCUGAUUGUGGAGCAGCUGAGACAGGAGGAAGAGGAGAGAACUGAACAACUGCAGAAGAGGAAGAAAGAGAAGAGAAUCAAAGGAGCUACAAGAUCCAUUCAGGCCUUGAGAGCUCGGCUCAAAGAACAGCUGGCUCAAGAGAAAUUGGAGCUGCCUCCCCUUUGCUGCUGUGCUUCAUCUUUCUGGGACUCCCACCCUGACACCUGCGCUAACAACUGUGUGUUUCACAACAAUCCCAAAGCAUAUGCCCAGGCCUUACAGUCAGCUCUGCUGAGUUUGGAUCUGCAAUGAAAGAACUUAAGUAAACCUUCCUGGUUCACACUACACAGCAAAAAAUAUUGUGCCUUGUUAUGAAAUCUGAUGGAAGAGUCUAACAUUUUUGAAAGUGUAACAUUCUUUUGUUAGAUGUGGCUGAUAAAAUCCUAAUUAUCGUUGUCUUAAAAAACUUUUUGGGAUGUCAUUGUAAUGAAGUAUAGGGUUCACUUUGCUCACAUCCCUAAUUAAAAUGCGACAUAAUG